AUGUUCAAGAAAAUCAAUCUUUGUGUCAAAAGCCCGCGCAUUGUGAAUUUGACCGUGGUCUCGCCGUUGCCUCGUUUCAACACCAACAUCUCUCCAACUUAUGGACUGCGGACAUUAUACAAAAACAGGAGUUAUGCCACCGCAGCAGAGUUCCCACAUCAGAACUACUCAUGGCCCAGCACUACAUCUUUCACGCCUUAUGACGUCUUGAAUCUACCCCGCGGUGCGACGUACUCGAAAAAACAUUACUAUGACCUCGUUAAGAUCUAUCACCCCGACCGACCUCUCACCGACCAUCCUAUGUUCCGCCAAUUGACUGCUGAAACUCGGUUGCAGCGGUAUCGAAUUGUGGUUGAUGCGCAUGAUAUCCUUUCUGAUCCGAUCAAACGAGCGGCCUAUGAUCGGAAUGGCACUGGCUGGAGCCACACUGUACUAGAUAGAACCAUGACACGGAACUCCCAUGGACCGAAUAUCUACUCAAAUGCCACAUGGGAAGAUUGGGAGGACUGGCAUAACCGCCAUCAAGGGCCGCAGCAGCAUGUUGUUGACCAGCGCACAUUCUCUCGGCUUAUUAUCCUCUUGGUUCUAUUUGCAGGCGCCCUUCAAGCAUCCUGGAUUGGGCAGAUGAAUGAUGGCUUCAAUGAGCGAUUACGUGGGGUCAGUGAAGAGUCGGCGCGUGUACUCCAGGGCCGGAGAGACGACACCGUCAAACAGAUGGAUUCAAAUGAGGCGCGGGUGCAGGGUUUCCUCAUUCGGAGAGACCCCACAGGGUCGGGGUUGAAGGAGCAUGAACAACCGGUUUAUCAGAGCGAGUUGAAUCCUCGUCGCGGUCUAGAUGGGUCCUCAUAG